AUGACUUCAAAUCUAUCGCAAUAUAACUUGAAAAGUGCUGGUGUAAAGAGGUUAAUGAAAGAAGCAGCUGAAUUACGGAAUCCAACAGAUAUGUAUUAUGCUCAACCACUUGAAGAUAAUUUAUUCGAGUGGCAUUUUACUGUACGUGGACCGGCCGAUACAGACUUCGAGAAUGGUAUUUAUCAUGGGCGAAUACUUUUACCAGUGGAUUAUCCAAUGAAACCGCCAAGUGUUAUAUUGCUUACGCCGAAUGGUCGCUUUCAGUUAAAUCAGAAGAUAUGCCUUAGCAUUUCAGAUCAUCAUCCUGAAUCUUGGCAACCAUCAUGGUCUAUUCGCACUGCACUUUUGGCUCUUAUUGGUUUUAUGCCGACACAUUCAGCUGGUGCAUUAGGCUCAUUAGAGUAUCCAUCAGAAGAACGUCGAAGGCUCGCUAAAAUAAGUCAUGAGUGGGUUUGUAAAGAAUGUGGUCUUUGUAUGCGAAAUGCAUUAGCAAGUAAACCAGUGUGUGAUGAUAAUGCAGAUGUUAUAGAAGCGCAGCAUUUGACUACUGAAAUUUCAGUUGAAGAAGAGAAAACAGCAAUAAAACAAGAAAUAAUGGAUGAUCAAAAAUUUUUUGUUACGAGUGAUACGAUAUUGAAAAAUGAUGUUAUCACGGAUAGUACCACUGAUACAUCUGAAAAUUUACGCCAUAGGCUAUCAUCGUCUCAGUCACAUUCAUCUCAAUUACCUUCAACAUCUAUCACCUCAAUUCGUAGUGAUGAUUUACAAUUAUCAUCACAUCGUUAUUCUUGGGAGUUAAUUUUUAUCUGGUUUUUUUCUGUGAUUAUUAUAGGUUUAGUUUUAAGAAGAUUACUUUUUGUACAAAAUCAUGCGAUAGCUUAA